AAUAAUCCACUUUUAAACAUGGCAGAAGCAAGACGUUUACCAGUAUUAAAAUUAAUGGCACCUGCUUUAGCAAAAUUUCAGCCUUACAUAGGUCAAGAACUGCCCGAUGAAUACUUGGAUAAGUGUAAUAUUUUAAAAUCUAUGAUGGGUGGAAAAUAUGCGCCAGUACCAGCUCAAAAUAAUUUUGUAAAUCCUGCAGUUAAUAUCAAUAGUCCAGAUACAUUACGAGGUUGGUUAAGAGCAAAAUACCAGCGGGAGACCGUUGGAAAUCAACAAUCAGCUAUUCAAAGAUUGACUCAGGAAAAAUAUCAGCCCUAUGACACUCCAGAUAUCUAUGAAGCUAGAAUUCGACCAUUAUUAUUAGGAGUAGCAAACAAUGAUGCACAAGUUUUAGGAUUCCUAAAAAGCCAUUUGACAG